AUGGCUGACGAUAAUCCCACCGCACCUUCUGUUUCAAAACAAACACGACGAUUUGCACCACGAGUACGAGGACGUGGUGGCAGAGCUCCGGCUGCUCGAGGAGGUCGAUCCUCUGCUGCUGCUGCUGCUGCUGCCGGUGGUGGCGAUGGCGGCGAAUCGAGCGAUCGUGCCACUACAGCUGACAGCCCAGCAACUGUCACAAGCGAUGCUAGUUCAAGCAGUAAACCCAUUGGUCAUAUGAGAACUGAAAAUUCACAAAGAGGACGGUUACCAAGUGUUCAUGACGGUCAACGAACGCGUGGUAGUGCGGGCAAGAUGAAAUUCAAACCAACAAUUCCUGCGCAACGAAACAAAAAAGUAGUAACGACUUCAGCGAUUGAUGAAAAGCUCAAGGGUGAAGGAGAUAGAGGCCGUGGACGAGGCCGAGGUGGUAGAGGAGGCCGUGGUGGUCGUGGCGGUGGACGAGGCGGUCGUGUGGAUGUUGCCGCACAAGCUACAGCAUCGGGUAUCUUUUCACUGGGCCCAUCCGCUAUGUCAUCACGAGCACGUCAAUAUGGUAGUGGUGGCGGUGGAUUUACGCAUGGUGGUGACGCAUCUGGAUCAAGAUAUGAAGAGAGCAGUGAGGGAUCAGACAUGGUUAAUAUGUUUGCAGACGGUGGCGAUGGCACGGUGCCCGUCGUAUUUCAACACAUUCCACGUACAGCAGGCGAGUUGGAUCCAUCGGAUAUGUCUACCAGACGAAACAAAAUUCCUUGGCUGGAUGUCAAGUCCAAAAAGCCUGCUUCAAGUGCUACUAUCAAAAAGGAUCCUGUGAAAAAGGAACCAACAUCCGACGACGAGAUGGAUUUGGACGAAAAGGCAGACGAAGACGAAGAAGAAGAGGAAACCAGCACAUUAUCUCGACGACAAUUAUUUAUGGACGAUGACGCACCUGCACAAAACGUCUUUGGUGUCAAUGAGAAGCGUCAAGUGGUAUCCGUUGCAGACGAUGAACUGUUAUUCUUCCAACUACCAUCGAUUAUGCCCAAGUUUGAAGAACCCAAGGACGAAGAAGACGCCGAGGAGGACAAAGAAGGAGGCGAAAAUGAAGAGGAAAAAGUAAAGAAAGAAGCCGGAGCAGAUGUGGAUAUGAAAGACGCUAAAGUCAAGACCGAAGGUGGUGGCGCAUCAUCAGCUGGAAAAGCAACUGCUGCUGCUGCUGCUGCUGCUGCAAAGAACUUACCGCCUGCUGCAAAGAUACCCACUCUCGAAGAAGCGAUGGCAUCGCUUGACUUGAGCGAGAUGCCCGAAGGUCAGAUCGGAUCAUUGGUUGUCUACAAGAGCGGCAAGAUGAAACUCAAGGUCGGCGAUGUGCUAUUGGAUAUUCAUCAAGGCAUGCGCUCGACGUUUCUGGAAGAUGUCAUGGUGGUUGAUACAGAGAGUGAUGAUAAGAAAAAGAUCAUCGAACUGGGCCAUAUUGUACAAAAGUUUGUGUGCAUGCCAGACAUGGAUGCACUGCUUCAAGACGCAGAAAAAUAA